CCGACUGUCCUAGACCGAUCCAGCCAACACACAGAGGGACUCUACUGUUUGUAUGGCAUUCAUGGAUACGAGCUAAAUAGGAGUAAUGCGCUGUUAAUUGCUGGAGUAACGCGGACAUAUCUUUAAUUAUUUCACCAAGUAUCACUCCAUAUACUUGACUCAACAUUUAUUCUUGUGUUACGAGACUCACGUCUACUGGUUUGUCAACAGCUAUGGGUGGGCUGGGAAACGGGCGACGUGGAGGAAGAUCACCCCCUCUAAUGAUCGGCGCACUAAUUGCCUGUAUCCUGGUUCUGGGUUUUAACUAUUGGGUGUCAAGCUCCCGUAACCUGGAGCUACAAACUAAGCUGUAUGAGCUGGAAGGCCAAGUGCGCCGUGCAGCAGCGGAGCGAGGAGUAGUGGAGAUGAAGAAGACUGAGUUCCAGGAGGAGAUCCAGAGACAGAAGGAGCAGAUCAUCCACAUAGAAAGCCUCUACAAGAGACAGCUGGAAGGAUCUCAGAACACCUGCAGCCAAGAGAAGGGCACUCUGCUGCUGAACAUUUCCUCCAGUACCACAAACAUACAGGAACUCAAAGGUCAGUAUAAUCAGCUAAAUGAUGACCUGGGGAAGCUUCAGAAGGAGCUGCAGAGUUGCCAAGGCAACAUCAAAAACCUCAACAACAGACUCACUUAUGACAUGACCCAUUGUCAGUCUCAGGUCCUGUCCCAGAAGGAGUUGUGUGAUGAGAGAGUGGCCGCUGCUAAACUCGAAGUUCAGAAGAAAAUGGAGAAGCUCAUAUUUCCUUCAGGUGUUUCCUCACAGCCCGAACACGUAGUGGAAGGAACAGCAAAAGAGGACGAGCCAGUCAUGACUGAGGUUGAUGCAGUUAAGACGGCAACUGUUGUAAGCAACACAACAAGCCUCUCUCAGCCCAAAGGAGAUGAUCCACCUGAACUACUGACCAAUAAGAUCGUCGUGGACAAAGGUCUUUAUACCCCCAUGGACCUGCUUCCAGAGAAUGAUCUCUCCAAAGCAGAGUCCCAGUCUGUUCCCUCAGCUGCUGCAGUCAAGCAGGACCUUCUGCUACCACCAGAGGGAGCUGUCGUAACAGAGGAGGCUGAGGCAGAGACCAGUGAGCCGAUGAAGAACAACCUGACCGAAGAAAAAGAGAUGGAGGUGAUGGAUGUUCGUGAAGAGGACGCUCAGACCGAUGAGGCAGACCCCAGGAUAGAAAGCAUGUUGAUUGGCCGGAUCAAGGCAGAGGAGACUCCUAUGGGUCGGAAAAUUGAUGAGCCAGAAGAAUAUGACGCAGAGGAGCAAGUCGUGGGUGGAGUCGAUAUGGAGAAACGACAGCAGACUAAACUGGCUGAAAAUAUAGACAAAGACAUGGAGGAGGAGCUGGCUGACUAUAACGGUGAUGAUGAGAACGAAGGCGAGUUUGAAGCAGACAAACAAGCUGAGCUUGCUCAAAUCUAAGGGCUGGAGUUGGAGAAGAAGCGUGCACAGCACAUAAUGAAGCAGAACCGCACAUCAAGGUUAACGCUGCCCUCCAAACACAGUGAACACAAUACAGACUCAGACGAACAUCUCUAUUAGAAAGACUUGUGACAUUAGGUUGGGUUCAUUUCAAAAGCAUUUUCUUCCUGCAAUGUGUUUUACUUGUCAUCUUAAUUGGAUUCUGUACAUUUGAUUUACACAUUGUAAGAUAUUUUAUCAGUUCCAAUAUUUUCCGUAUUAGAGUAAGAAUCUUUGCAACUUCAUGUUCAAUUCACAAUAUUCUGAAAGAGCAAACAAAAAAGACUUAAUGUCAGCCGAGCAUUUCACUGUAAACAUAAAACCCCAUGGUGCUUUUAUGGUGGUGACUGCUCACAUAAAAUUGUAUUUAUUAGUUUAGGUGAUAUGGAAGUAAUUAGUACUUCUAAGUACGAUCACCUACUCGGUUCUUAGUGUCGCUUCAACAUAAUUUAAGACAUCUCAAGACUUGACACCAGUUGGCUUGAAAGAUUGAACAUCUCAACUUCGCUGCAAAUCAGUGGGUUUUGAUUAUGUGAUAUAGAUGUGUGGUUUAUGUUCACUACGUAAUGACUGUGACUCAAAUGAUGAAACUUAAGUGAUGAUAACGUGCAGAUACUUCAAGGGGUCAUGAGGUGUGAAUUGCUGUAGUAAGUGUAAAUGGUCAAAGUGAUCCCAAUGACGAAACUCAUCUUAAACCGCAGCUUCACUUUGUUGAACUGCUUUGUGCUUCUGUCCUCGGCUGUAUUUCAGACGACAAAGUGUCACAAGGUCGUGCGCUUCACAUUUGGGGAUCAGUAAGACAGAAAAACAGUUUUAUAAUGAUUAUAAUUUAAAAAAACCCCGGAUGAUAUUGGUAGAUCAACAACCUUGUUUUAUUUUGACUCGUGCAUUAUCGAUUCUGUGUGCACCGGUUUUCCCCUUCGUUCAGUUGCUUCUGACAGAGUGGAAGGUCGGAUGUAGAGCCGUGGUGUGUUCACUGACUUUGUGGAUACUUCCUCUGGUCUGCUGAAGUGAAUGGACUGUAUAUUUUGUGGCGAGGACAUUUCCUUGAAGCAGGGACAUUGUGUUGAGUUGGGCCCAGUAGUUGUGCUUAAAUGUAUUAGUCCAUUCAAUUUAAAGCUGCACUAGAUUGAAAUCUGCGUGGGUUAGUGGAAACAUGAACUGAAUAAUAGGCAUCAGAAAAAAAAACGUAAGUACAUUUUUUGUGGCGGGAUCAUUUAUAGCCAUUUAUUGGGCAGAUGAUUUUACUUAAUUUUCAAGAUACUUUUUCCAGGUACUUUAUAAGUAGUGACUUACUUAAUACCCAGUUACUUAGUAUGUUGUAGUUUUAACUGCCAUCGUUUCCAUAAUGCUGUGAUUUAUAAUCCACAGUCCAUUCCAGCAUCACAUAUAGUAUCUCCCAUGUCUUCAGCUCCACUGUUUUGCCAGUUAUUAAAAUGGGGCUGCCAGUCAUUAUUCAAUCCCACAGAAACUAUUUUAUAUACACGUCAUGAUCCU